CUCCAUCUUCCUCACUGGGAUCAUAAAUGGCGCUUUAUGAUCUAAACCUGCAAAUUUUCCUCUUCCCUUUCCCCAUUCCCACAAAGCUCAGAAGUAAAAUUUAAUGAAACCUUCUUUUUGGAUAGCAGACAGAUUAGAAGUUUUGGGGGUUCCUUUUCGAUCUGCCAUUGGAGAGAGAGAAGAAAAGUUGCAGAAAUGGGAGAGAGAUUUGAAAUGAGCGGAAUCUCAUUAAAUUUUGGUUGUUAAGAAGCUGCGACUGUGGAUCUUUCAUGGUGAGCAGGCUCUGAAAUUCUCUGUGUUUCUCUCUCUAGAGUUAUGGUUUAUUCAAGGAAGUUCAGAGGAGUCAGGCAGCGGCAGUGGGGCUCUUGGGUGUCAGAAAUCCGCCACCCGUUGCUGAAGAGAAGGGUGUGGCUGGGGACAUUCGACACAGCAGAGGAUGCAGCACGAGCGUAUGAUCAAGCAGCCAUCUUAAUGAAUGGCCAAAACGCCAAGACCAAUUUCCCUGCAUCAAAAGACCAAUCUGCAGAAGCCAGCCAUGGCCAUGGGCACGGAUCUUCUCCAAUGACCCCAAAAGCACUCUCAGAGCUACUCAGCACAAAGCUCAGAAAGUGCUGCAAGAACCCAUCUCCUUCCUUGACAUGCCUGCGGCUCGACAGUGACAACGCCCACAUCGGUGUCUGGCAGAAGCGCGCAGGCACACGAGCCACUUCCAAUUGGGUCAUGAGGAUUGAGCUAGGGAAGAAGGAGAUCCCGUCCCCAUUGCCAUCGCCCGAAUCGACGAGCCAGGAAGCCGAUGGCCAUCGGAACGGAAUCGAUGAAGAAGACAGAAUUGCAAUGCAAAUGAUUGAAGAGUUACUCAAUUGGAACUGCCCUCUUCCUUCAAUUUCAAGCUAAGUACAAGAUCUCAACUCUAAAAAUAAAGUAACAAUAGUAAUAAAACCCCAUAAGAUCAAAACAAAUAGGCUAAUUAUGUGUAUAUAUAUAUAUAUAUAUAUCUGUUGUGCUUACUGUUUAUGGGACUUUGGGAAGCUCAAAAUCUGUAUAAAGGGAGAGCUUUUAUAAAUAUUGUCUGUUUUUUUUUUUGUCGAUUUUA